GGCUCACUGUGUGUACCUUCCAGGACCUGCGGCGAUCCAUUCAAGCCAGCAAGUUUGGAGAGCGUGUUGACUUGAAUCAAUUCAGAACGUCGCGAUGGAGCCGAACUCACUCAAGUGGGUGGGCUCGUCUUGCGGCUUACACGGACCGUAUAUUUUCUACAAAGCCUUCAAAUUCGCGAGCCGGGACGCCGAGGCUCGGAUCCUUUCGCUUGGGGACUUUUUCUUGGUGCGCUGCAAGCCGGACGAGCCCGUGUGCGUUGCCGAGCUGCAGCUUCUCUGGGAGGAGAGGACGAGCAGGCAACUUUUGUCCAGCUCAAAACUUUAUUUCCUACCAGAGGACACUCCCCAGGGACGCGACGUCUCCCACGGAGAGCACGAGGUGAUCGCCGUGUCAGAGAAGGUGAUCGUGCGUCUCCAGGACCUGGUCAAGUGGACGCUGCCAGACUUCUCGGGAUGGGCCCACGGCCUGAAGGCGGAGCCCCUCAAGGCCUCGGUGCUCCGCGAGUUGGGUACCAACGGGCGCCGCGAGGCACUCCACCGCUACCGCGAGAGCACGCUCACCAGCGGACUCAACUUCAAGGAUGUCCAGCGGGAGCGGGUACGACUCGGUCAGGAAGAGGACGGCAGGAAGGUGCUGGUCCUGAGCUACCCGCAGUACUGCCGCUACCGCUCGGUGCUGGCGCGUCUGCGGGAGCAGCCCGGCUCGCUUCUGCUCAACCACACGGUGCUGGCGCUGGGCGGCAUCGCGACGCUGGGCGCCCACACGCGCAUCCUCUACUGCCGCGACACCUUUGAGCAUCCCACGCUGCUGCUUAACGAAAGCGUCUGCGACCACUAUGCUCCCAACUUAAAGGGGCGUCCCCGCAAGAAAAAGUUGUCCAUCUCACAGAGGAGGGACUCCGCGGGCUGUGCGCUGGUCACGGCUCAGGACCCCAAGGUAGACGCACCAAGAUUAAAGCGAGCUGUCGAGUUAGCCAAUGGCAAGUUGAGCUCCGUCAAUCUUAGCUCCGCCCCCAAACACAAAGCCGGCGGCGGCCUCGGCAGGAAGGCGCCGCCCGAGGAGAAGGAGCAACCGAAGGAAAUGGUGGAGGAGAGGAGUGAGAAGGAAGAGGUUAGGGAUUCGUCCUCCUCGCUGGAGGACGAUGAGGAGGAAGCGGCGGCGGCGGCCGACAUGGCGGCGGCUGACAUGGCGGCGGCGGAGGCGAUGGCCUCAAGUGAGGAGAAUCGAGAGGACGAGCAGGCCUUCCUGGUGGAGCUCUACAAGUACAUGAAGAAGAGGGACACACCCAUCGAGAGGAUCCCCUUCUUGGGGUUCAAACAGAUCAACCUUUGGACCAUGUUCGAGGCCGCUCAGAAGCUAGGAGGAUACGAGCUGAUCACCGUCCGCAGGCAGUGGAAGCACGUGUACGACGAACUAGGCGGCAACCCCAGCAGCACCAGCGCCGCCACCUGCACGCGCCGCCACUACGAGAGGCUUCUCCUCCCGUACGAGAGGCAUCUGAAAGGAGAGCAGGACAAGCCCCUCCCCCUGGCCAAACCCCGCAGCCAGGAGAAGCCGCCGUCAACCAAGGCCAAAGGCGUCGGGGCCAAGAAAGCCAAGGGCCCGAGCACUGCCAAGCAGGCGGCCAAGAAGGAGUGCGGCGAGGCGGCCAAGGACCAGCAACAAUCACAGGAUUCCAAGGUGAAAGGGGAAGCGGCCACAAAGCUGGAAGGGCCCGCUGCGGAGGAAGCCAUCGUCAUCGAGGAGGAGGAGGAGCUUCACGUGACGCUGAAGAAAGAGGAAUCGUUGGCCGACAAAGAGGCCGACUCGGGCAGAGCGCCGUUCGCCUUGUGCUCCCAGCCUGAGUGGAGGCAGAUCGGCGAGGCCCUUCAAGCCGCCAAGACCGAAGUCCACCCGGUCGCCAAAAGCACCUACCUGCCUCACCGCUGGGACCAAAACAAACCCGUCGGACACGUGGCGCUGCCCGAGUCCUCCUUGGAGAGCCACGGCGGGAGGGUGGGCAAGGUCUUACCCAUUUGUAAACAGGAGAGGCAGUCCAUAGACUUGAGCGCAGAUCCCUUCCCGGAGAAGGAAGAUUACGGGGUGAUUCGGAAGGAGAGUCCCGUGCAGAUGGGCGCCUACUGCAAAGGCGGCCAAGGCGUCAUGUCUCCUCUGGCCAAAAAGAAGCUCCUUUCACAAGUGUGCGAGUCCGUGUCCUUCUCGUAUGCGUCGUCUCUCCAGCCGUGUCUCGCAACUGAGAGAGACGCGGACAAGAGGGAAGGCGAGGACGAAAGUCAGAGGCGGCACGUGUCCGACAGCGUCCCGGAGGCGACGCCAAUGUUCCGGCCGUCCGUCAUUCAGCAUGCGCAGAGCAUCAAGCCGCCACAAGAGAGGAGCAGCGGCCAUAUCCUGCAGCCUCACGUCAGUGCCCCGUGGCAGCCGUAUCUCCCCAGGACUCUGGACCGGGACGCUACUGAGAACACCUCGGACAAACUCCUCCCGGCUGCCCGCAGCUUUGCCGCGGACCGCUACUCGUCGCCGCACCUGCACAGUCUGUACAGGCAAACGGAGAGCUGCCUGACUCAGGACAGGAUGGCCGCAUACGCUAACGGGGAGCGACGGGGUGGGCAGGCUUUUGUUUGCGGAGGCCCGGAGCAGGAAGGCCUGGCUUACAGGUCGCAAUACAGCGACGACGCGCAAACCCGAGGCGAGAGCAGAGAGCCCGAGGACGAGCCCAGAGAUUUCACCGUGUCCAAACCGCUCUCUCAGCGGGUGUCCGCCUUCUCCAAAGCCUCCUUCUGCGGCCUCCCCUACCCCGUCGUGCACCAGGGCUUGGACUCUCACCCCAAGGCGUGCCGAGUUCCCCCCAUGACUGUCUCGCCUCCCAAGCAAGACCCGUCGCCACCCUUUCCCAGUCCCAAAUCCUCAUCCGACUCGUCCCUCAACAGCCCUGUGCGGCCCGGUAAACGGACCCUCGGGGAACCGCCGGAGGGCGAGGAGUUGGCAGAGAGGAAGGUCCGCGUGGUGACGCCCAUUCAUCCGGCGGCCACCAUCCGCCGCAGCGACCCGGAGGAGCUGAAAGCCGCCGAGCCGGCCCACGCCGUCCACCUCAACAACCGGCUCCCCGAGGGCCACCCCGCCUACCCACUGCCUCACGCCGCGGCCCUCUACGCCAGCAUGUACCCGCCCGGCAGCCUGGUGGCGCAGGACGCCCUCCAGCAGCACCCGGGCCUGCAGUACCUGAAGAGCCAGUCGGCCGUGUCCCCCCUCGUGCCCCCCUUAGCCUUCCACUCCAUGCUGCUCCACAGGCAGCUUUUCGCCUCUGCCCCCAGCCCACACCACUUCUUCAGACAUCCGGGCGGAACGGCCCUCUAUGGGGACCUGCUGCACCACCUGUACCCGCUCUCCACCUUGCCCCCGCCGCAGCUCUCCUCGGUACACCCCAGCACUAGACUGUGAGGGACGCCCGGCUUGCCCCGGCCCCGCUUUUUUCCCUUGCCAAGCAAAGACAGCGGCUCAGUCGUCAGAUGGGCCCGGAUGGAAGGCUGGUGACUGAUUGUAAAACUCUUCUGCGAGACAGACUAAAAAUUCAAUUUUUUCUGUAUUAGUUGAUACAUUUCAUAUCCUUUGCACUGUUCUGUAUGUUAUCACCACUUACUGUAUCUUUUUGUUUGUACCCUUAUUUGCACAAUUCUGACGUGGAUGUGCUCCCUUUUGUCGGCGGGAGUCAGCGGGCAGUCGCGCCGUUUUUGUUUACUGCGUCCGAGGGCUAAAACCGUGUGGCUUCAAACACUACAGCAGCAGGCACCUGCGUACCCACCACUCGCCAAAAUGUAUCGGCACCGUCGUCACUGGCGUUCAGUGGCUCCGCUUUUUUGACGCAGUGGAGUGCACUGACAAAUGUAACCUGUAGAGGUGCUGUGGGACAGAACAUGUCCAAAUCCAUUUCACGUGAAUGAAUGUGGUUUUGGGAUUGGAGAUCUUUUUUUCAAUAAUCCAUCAAGCAUCUUGGGACUGUAGCGGCCCGUCGCACGAGCGUAAUGAAGCAGUCGCCCGCUGCAGAACGCUCGCCCCAUUUCACUGCCUUUAUUAUUCAUGACUUGAAAAUGAGUUCUUACAGUCCAAACACGCUGAAAAAAAAUAUCCGCUGUAUGAUUUUUCUUUUUAAGUAAGAAUGUGGUCACUUAGAACGCUUUGAAAAUAUUUGUGCCUUUUUCCCGUCUGGCGAUCUUGUUCGUAGCACUAAAUGUUGGGAGGUAGCAGGCAUUUGGAAUGAGUUAUUUUUCUCUCGAGAAUGAUUGAUGAGGUGCAAAGUUUGUUUAGAAAUCUCUUUCUGCUUGUGAUUACCUGUGCUGAGAUCCAUCUUUUUUUUUUUUUUAGUGACAGGUGCUCAUAUACACUUUAAAGGGGACAUAAAGAAAAUAAUACACUAAUUGACAUCAUGUUACUGGACCAGCAAAAUGCUCCACGAAUUGGCAACUAUGUGCUACUAGUUAACAUCAAGCACUUCACAAGCAGUACUAGUAGCGUGCAGAUGUCAACUAGUGCUGAGCUGUGUUACUUGUGAGUAGAAAAAACAUACCAGUACACUGUCCUGAAACAAUAUUGAAUAUGUUCAUGUUGCUUUCCCUGAGCAACGAGCACUGUCUUAUCUGAGGGGGGG